ACAUAAAGGAGACACUUUUUUCUCCACUCUUCUCUCUCUCUGCAGACAAGCUUUACCUGCCGAUCAACUUCACUUCCACAGUUCCACGUAAUUAGGGUUUUGUCACCAUAAUAAAUACAAGGAUUAGGGGUUUGAUCAUUCAGUUGAUCUCAGAGAAGACAAUAGCCAUGAACAUUUUCAAGAAGAAGACCACUCCCAAAGAGGCUCUCCGCACCAGCAAGAGAGAAAUGGCUGUGGCUACGCGAGGUAUAGAACGCGAGAUUACAUCUCUUCAAUUAGAGGAGAGGAGGCUUGUAGCAGAAAUCAAGAAAACAGCCAAGACUGGAAACGAGGCGGCCACGAAGAUCUUAGCUCGACAACUUGUUCGAUUAAGACAACAGAUCACCAAUUUGCAGGGAAGCCGUGCUCAAAUCCGUGGUGUAACCACCCAUACACAGGCUUUGUAUGCAAGCACCUCAAUUUCAUCUGGCAUGAAAGGUGCAACCACAGCUAUGGUUGCAAUGAACAAGCAAAUGGCACCGACAAAACAAGCUAAAGUGAUCAAGGAGUUUCAGAAGCAGUCUGCACAAUUGGACAUGACGAUAGAGAUGAUGUCAGAGGCAAUUGAUGAAACACUUGACAAAGAUGAAGCUGAGGAAGAAACAGAAGAUCUCACAAACCAGGUGCUCGAUGAGAUUGGUGUUGGUGUUGCAUCUCAGUUAUCUUCAGCUCCAAAGGGCCGGAUUGCAACAAAAGCCACUGCUCCCACUACAGUCAAUAACAAGAGCGAAAAGAAUGACUCGGAAUCUACUGAAGUGGAUGAACUAGAGAGGAGAUUGGCUUCGCUACGACGAAUUUGAGAGAUAUGGAAACUUAAAGACUUGUAGGUAUAAUGAUGCAUUAAAAGAAAGUAGCUUCCUAUUCUGUGUAAUAUCAACUGAUCCCAAGUUUAAAUCAAAGAUAUACUUUACAUCAACAAUUUUGCAAAUAAAUCUCAUCCGGACAAGCUGUGCCACUGGAC